GUCCAUGUUAUUCCUUUUUUGAUGAUAAAUAAAUACCCCUUUUCUUUCUUUCUACAUUAAGGAUGCCUUUUCAUCUAAUUGAAUUUCAAACAAGCGAGGACAAUCAAUAUCAGACCGGCUGCAACACCUCUGAGCUACAGUCUGAGGCAGAGCAGGAGGGUGAGCUGCCAGAGAAAAGAGUCAGGAAGCCAGUCCAUCGUUUUGGGGACUCUGAUGAGAGUGAAAAAGAGCCAGAAAAUUGUGACUUAGCUUCUCUUAGGUCGCCACGACCUUCCAACUCGCCUGGUGUAUCAGUUGAAGUCUCAAGCCCAAGCCAAUUACACUGGCAGACUCCACCAUCUCGCCGAGUGCCAGGCAGCAGAGUCACUACUCCUCAACCUGGAGGAAACUGUCUAGCACCUGACCAUGGGGCCGGACCGCAACACCCUUCACCACCUCAACUCCCUGCACUCGCAUUUAACAUGCGGAGAGUUACUCAAGGAACGGCAGUCCCUCCUCAACUCCCUCCACCCCCCGCACCAGCCCUCAACAUGCGGCGAACAGAAGAGCCCUCUUCAAGCCUUGCCUACAGACCAACAUGGCGAGGGGGAAGAAUGACCGAUACCAUUCCCUGCUCUGCGGCUGAGGUCCAUAUCCUUAGCCUGCUGGAGACCAUUAAACAGCAACAAGACCAGCUUGUGGGAAGGGUGAACUACCUCAGCAGCAGGCUGAACAGCACCCCGGGGCCAGAUGUUGAGAUGCCCGACAAUAUCCAGUUUCCCCUGGAACAAUUGGAGGCAGUGGAGGCAUUUGAAAUGUUUUUAAAGGAACCGUCAAAUGGCCCAGCUCGACAGAGUGGUGAGUUUUCUUACUUAAUAUGA